CACCACUUCGUCAUCAAGAGUUUCUGCAACAACAGGCAGGUUCUGUCAUUCAGUCAGAGGAAAAUGUCGGGAAGAAACAGCUGAUUUAGAGGAUUCGUCACGAUGGAGCUCAGUUUGACGUGGCUCUCCUUCAGCCUCUGCGUGGUUUUGCUUCUGCUGCUCUCUGUGGAUUUUACCAUUGCCUUUGAGAAGAACCUGAACACUGAAUUCACUUUCGUUCUACCUGCUGGCCGAGCUGAGUGCUUCUUCCAGCCUGUUACGAAGAACAGCAGCAUGGAGGUGGAAUACCAGGUUCUUGCAGGCUCUGGGCUGGACGUAGGCUUCACACUAAUCUCCCCCCAUGGCCAAAGGCUGGUCUCUGAGUUCAGGAAAUCAGACGGCUUCCAUAUGGUGGACCCCACGGAGGAGGGCGACUACAGGAUCUGCUUUGAUAACAGCUUCAGUACGUUGGUGGAGAAGAUGGUGUUUAUGGAGGUGAUUGUGGACUCACAGGAGGGGGCUGAUGACUGGGAAAAUUUAGCGGAGCCUGAAGACACACUGGGGUACAAGCUGGAUGACAUCAAGGUACAUCAUGAGGUCAUGGAGGCUGUUCACAGGAACCUAGAGCGCAGUGGUCAGACGCAGGCAGUGCUGCGGGCGUUUGAGGCGCGAGAUCGUUACCUGCUGGAGGAUAACCUGUGGCGCGUGUCCUUCUGGUCCAGCGUUAAUCUACUACUCAUCCUAACUGUUGCCUUUGCACAAGUUUAUGCGGUUCGCAGGUUAUUUUAAGACUGAUAAGUCUGCUUGUUGGACUCACAUACUCCUCACAGACUCCUGGACAGGACAGUCUGCGUGAGGUGACGCUGCUGGAUCUACAGAGUAGUGGGUACUGUGGGUCCGUUUCUGAGACACAAAUUAAGCUGAUCUUAAGCUGCCCUGAAAUUAUGAAUUGCCACUGAAACCCAUUUUAACCAAUCAGUGGUGAUUCUGACUUGAAAAGCCUUUAUAUGUGGCAGUACUGUACUUUUUUGGGGUACACAUUUCGUUUUUUUAUGUUACCAUUUUCCAACCCCUCCUUAUUUUUGUAUCUGCUGAAAUGUUCUGAUUAGUUGCCCCUUUCAAAAAGCCAUCCAGGCUGAAAUGAACAGAACCAGCUGUUAAGGCCUGAAAUGCUCAGGGACGUCAGAAAAUAUAAACCUCAGACAUUCAGAUCUUUUGGAAGCCUGCAAUGAUACAUGACAUCACAACCAUGAUGAAUUCAAAGUGGGCUAUUUUUGCAGUUUACUUUUCAUAUAUGGACUGUAUAAACUGAGGAGUGAACGGCAUGAUUUACAACAAUGUUUACAUACUGUAUUAAACUCUUUCUACCCCUGGACUCAA